CCAAGCCAUCAUAUACAGUAGCAAUAGGAGCAGCAGUAGUGUAGUUAUACAGCACGAUGGUGGUUGCGUUGCAGAUCGUUUGUGUUUUGGCAGUUUUCUGUGGGGCCCUGCACGCCGCCCCUACGGUAACGUACGACCAGAGGCAACAGGGCGAAUUCAAUGUGCAGGUGGAUGUGGACGAUGUCGCCAUAAUAUUGUUGGCGAGCGAAGAGUUCGCCCAGAGAGCUAUACUGCAAGGCAACAAGGUGCAACAAAUAUUCGGGCGCCACAACGGUGUAAAAUCGAAAAAAAAACAUCACAAGAAACCGGCGAACUGCAGUACGAUAGCGACGGCAAACCCGGAAGUACCCUACAGCAGCGAGUCACCACCGACAUACCUUCCGACAUCAUCGCAGGGAUACGAAGAACUGUACUCGACGUCAAGUCAAGACUCAUUACAGGGCGUGGUAAUCGUGGCUGAUGUAGUGCCCGUGUUUGAGAACGUUCCGGCCGAUCUUGGUGGUCAAAAAGCCAUCGCGAGCCAUGCGAGUUAUCCUGAAGUUACAACGCCGAGUGCAGCUGCACAGAAUGCGUUUGAGAAAAAUUUCGAUUCGGCGGAAACUGGAGCAGGUGAUGUCGCGGUAAACUCUUCUGAAAUGGUAGCCGUGAAAACCGUAGAAAAACCUGCAGUCGGUGCGACCGUCGGAACCAAUAAUAUUACAGAAACGGCUGCAAUAGAAACAGUAGACAAAUCUGCAGAUGCAACUACAACAUCAUCAGAAAUCGCGAACGGCGAUUCGGAGACCAACAUAAAGACAGAUGAGAUACUUUCAACGAAUUUCGAAGAAAAGCCCGUAAGCAUAUCAUCCGAUAUAAAAACAGUAGAGAAAAUUACAAACGACGAAACUGUUAAAAACAACGAAACACCGGAAAAGAACACUGAAGAUAAAUCAUACGAAAACACCACCGUAAAAAUAGUAGAAACUGUGGAGAUCGGAGAAGUCAAACCCGCCGAGAUGGUCGUCAUAAAAACUAUAGAGAAACCUACGGACAGUGCGACGAGCGGGGGAUUUGUUGAAGAACCCGCAGUGGACGCAUCGCGCGUAAAUGUUUUGGACUCGCAAGUAGAUACGAAAACAACUAACGAACCAACUGAAAUGAUCGCCAUAAAACCUGUAGAAAAACCAACAUUCUCCGAAGUCUUAAAGGUCGUAAAAAAACCUGUGGACGCGGCUGAUACAGGAAAGGCUGCAGAUGCCCAAACUAGUAUAACGACGUCGGUAGAUUUGAGCAAAAGCCCUACGGAAAUGGUCGCUAUGAAAACAUUGGAAAACCCACAGACUGCAGUAGGGCCAACAGAUACAGUAGAAAAGUCUGGAAUUACAACGAGUACAAAGCUGGUGGAAAUACAAGAAGACACAAAAAAGCCAAGCAUACCAUCGAUUGAAAAUAUUGUCUCGAGGUCGGCUCCGAAGCAAACCGAAAUGGUCGCUGUGAAGACAAUGGAAAAUUCGGCGACAGUAAAAAGUGUGAUUUCCGUGAAAACUGUGAUCAAACCUGGAGUUCAAAAGUCUACACUUUCAUCAAACAGUUCCUUGAUCAUGCGUAAGGUAGGCGAUCGCAAACCGUUGCCUACAAUCACAUUAGAAGUGGCAACUCCAAAAGUAUUAUAGGUAAAAUACUAGUUGAUAAUUGUUACAUUUUAAUGAUAUUUAGAUAGGUAUUGAAGAUGUUUUUGUCAUUUUAGAACUAUGAUUACCGAGUGAUACAAAUUAAUUAAAAUUUAAAAUGUCCAUUAGUAUUAUUUGUAUGUAUAAAUAUAUUAUUAUAUUUGAUAGUGUUAAUUACUAAAAUAAUAGGCAAUUUUAAGAUAAUGUAAUAUUGACUAUAUAGCACACGUUUUAAAAUAUAGUGAUACGCUUACAUUUUAGAUUUAUAGAUAAGUAUCAUCGUUUUACUUUAAUAUCCAUAAUAGUAUAAAUAUAUUUAUUCUUAGUCUAAAACAACGAUAUUAUAGUAAAUUUGUAUGUAUAAAAAAUCAAUCUUUGAUUAAUAUUGUGAUAUCUGCCAUCUACAUUAUGAAUUAUGAUGGAUAAUAUAGGUAGUUUAUAGAAUUUAUACCUACCUAUAUUUGUAAUAAUUAUUAUAACUUAUAAGUUAUAAGUCUUAUGAGCUACUUUUAAGCAUAUACUAAUAAAAUGAUAAGCAUUAUUCUAUUGUUUUGUUUAAUAAAAAUCAUUUUAUGAAUAACUAAGCAUAAUAA